AUGGCGUAUCCGUCCACUGACGCUCGCUGGCAGGUUGAAGGGGGGUCCCUUCUGCUCGACUCAGGCGGAGUUUUAGCAGGCUCCUAUUCUGAGGAUGGGACGUCCGUCACACAGAGGGGACAGUCUGAGGGUGGAGGCCCCAGCCCGUAUCCCAACACACGGGACACUGACAGAGGGAUCCCCCUAGUGACAACUGCCCCUCCCCUGAAUGUCCCCAACCAUCACACUCUCUACAAGGGCUUCCUCCUUCAGGAGUCCCUCCAAGGACAGCGGCAUUUCUUUGAGGACAGUGGGGGUGUGGAUACCCACCCCACUAUGCCACCAUCAGGUCCCCACUUUGCCAGAGACCCCUCCUCCACUCACACGGUGCCACACAAGGAAGCGCUGGCUUUCUCCGAUGUUGCCUCAACCACUACCACUGUGGCAACAGCCACGUCACCGUUGGCAACACAGGGUAGCUCUGUUCCAGGGGGGCGUGCCUCUGUGACUCAGAGAGGGGCGUUGACCAAUAGCAGGGGGAGGACAGAGGAAGAAGCUGAUGCCAUGGAUACCCUGACCACUCCUGUCAUGCACACCUCUGCCCUCCCUCCCCACUCAAACACCCACAACCUACCUGCUCCUAUGGGUGACAAGCACUCUGACGUCCCUUCCCCAUCCACCAUGACUCCCCCAGCCUUGACCACUCUAGUGGAGAAGGAUAAAGGGAAGUCAGCAGGACACAACAUGAGCCAUGCCAGCCAUGCAGCGAUGGACACUUCUGCAGUAUCUGGUGAUGUGGAUGAUGAGACCACUACGACCACUAUAACCACAACCACCACCAUCACCACCAGCCUGCCCAACCCAGUUCCCUGUAUCUUCAACCUGACAGCACCAGAGGGCUACAUAGAGACGCCCCAGCCGUCCAGCUCUCAUUACUACUCCUCUGUGGACUGCACCUACACCGUCACGGUCUACACGGGCUAUGGAGUAGAGAUACAGGUGAUGAACGUGAGCCUGUGGGAGGGGGAGCGGGUGACGUUUGAGGAAGUGGGGGGCGGGGAGCCCUCUGUUCUGGCCAACGAGUCUAUACUGUUGAAGGGCCUGGUGGUACGCAGCUGGAGCAACCACAUCACCAUCCACUUCCACAGCCAGAGACAGGCCCAGCCUGGGUCCUUCCUGCUCAGAUACCAAGCCUUUGUGUUGAGCUGUACCUUUCCCCAGCGGCCGGCCUGUGGGGAUGUGUCUGUGAGCAGCCUCCACUCUGGGGGAGAGGCCUACUUCUACUGUCUGACUGGGUACCAUCUGCAGGGAACCAACACACUGACCUGUCUCAACGCCAGCACCCCCUACUGGAGCGGCACAGAGCCGCAGUGCCAUGCUGCUUGUGGUGGCAUUGUCCGGAAUGCCACGGUUGGACGCAUUGUGUCACCCGGUUUCCCUAGCAACUACAGCAACAACCUGACAUGCCAUUGGCUGCUGGAGGCCCCAGAGGGACAGCGAGUGCACGUCCACUUUGAGAAGGUGGCCCUGGCAGAGGACGAUGACAGGCUUCUGAUCAAAAAUGGGAAGAACAUUGACUCUCCUCCGAUGUAUGACUCAUAUGAGGUGGAGUACCUGCCCAACGAGGGCCUGGUGAGCACCUCCAGACCCCUCUUCAUAGAGCUCACCACUGAUGGUGCAGGCACCUCCACCGGCAUCGCCAUCAGAUACCAAGCGUUUGCAGUGGGCCACUGCUACGAGCCGUUCGUCAAGUACGGUAACUUCACCAGUAAUGACAGCACGUGGGCAGUGGGGACGGUGGUAGAGUUCACCUGUGACCCUGGCUACACCCUGGAGCAGGGCUCUGUCAUCAUUGAGUGCAUGGACCACAACAACCCCCAGUGGAACGAGACUGAGCCCGCCUGCAGAGCUGUAUGCAGUGGAGAGAUGACUGACUCUGCUGGAGUGGUCCUGUCUCCUAACUGGCCAGAGGCCUACGAUAGCGGCCAGGACUGCAUCUGGGGGAUUCACGUGGAGGAAGACAGGAGGCUCAUGCUAGACAUCCAAGUCCUCAACAUAGGGAAGAACGAUCUGCUGACGUUCUAUGAUGGAGAUGACCUGACUGCUACGGUGCUGGGCCAGUACGGCGGCUCACGGCCACACUUCAAACUCUACACCUCCAUGGCCGACGUCACCAUUCAGUUCCAGUCUGACCCGGCCACCAACAUCUACGGCUACGGCAACGGCUUUGUGGUGCACUUCUUCGAGGUGCCUCGUAACGACACGUGUCCAGAGCUCCCAGAGAUCACCAACGGCUGGAAGAGCACCUCCCACCCUGAGCUGGUCCAUGGCACUGUGGUCACCUACCAGUGCUACCCAGGUUUCCAGCUGGUGGGUACAGAACUGCUCAUGUGCCAGUGGGACCUGACCUGGAGUGGAGACCUGCCCAGCUGUGAGAGAGUGCUGUCGUGUGCCGACCCAGGUACUGUGGAGCACAGUCGCAGGGUGAUGUCCAGCCCGCGUUUCACUGUAGGCUCCACCAUCCAAUACAUCUGUAACAAGGGCUACACUCUCUCUGGAAACAGCCUGCUCUCCUGCUACAACCAUGGCUCCUCCGGACCUAAAUGGAGCGAGAGGCUACCCAAAUGUGGCUCGGUGACCUAUGAGCCUUGCAGGAACCCUGGUACCCCGUCUUACAGCACCCAGAUCUCAGAGAAGCCUCUCUACCAGGCCGGGGAGACGCUGAGCUUCUCCUGCCUCAGAGGCCAUGAGCUGCUGGGGGAGCCUGUCCUCCGCUGUGUCCCUGGACACCCUUCACAGUGGAGCAGCCUACCCCCUGUCUGCGGAGCCUCCUCAAUGGAGUUUAUAAAUGAACGCAGGUUAGACGGUAAGUGCCCUGCCAGUGCAGACUACAUCAUGGAGCGAGCCAACAUAGCUCUAACAGUCUUUAUUCCAGUGGCCCUCAUCAUGGUCUUCAUCAUUGGGAUCUACCUCUACUUCUCUAAGGUUCAGGGGAAGCCUCUGUGUCUUCCCAUGUCCACCUCCUUACCAUAUGACCACAUCCCAGGAGAGUCCACCUUCGACAACUCCCUCUACAAAACAGAGACUACGAACUAUGUCCUCACUUCACAGGACACACGAGAGUAUGAGGUUUCCAUCUAG